AUGGACAUGUCGGGGCUGCCAGGGACCGGCAAGCACAUCAUCUUCCUCCUGCUUUGCCAGCUAAGCGCCUCCAGCCGAGGUGACAGCUGCUGCGUUGAGAAGAUAUCAUACCCAGAUGAAGCCUCAGGCUCCUCCUUAGGACCCAGGGACUUGAGCUGCUACAGGAUUUCCGGGACAGACUAUGAGUGCUCCUGGCAGUAUGAUGGCCCUGAGGACAAUGUUGCUCACUUCCUGUGGUGCUGCUUUGCUCAUCCAAACCCUACCCACACCAGCUUUGGCCAAGAAUGCUGCUGCUACUUCUCUUCGGGCCGGUCCCGGACUGUGCAGUUCUGGGAACAGGAUGGUAUCUCUACGUUGUCCAAGGUCAACUUCUGGGUCGAGUCUCGGCUUGGGAACAGGACCUUGAAGUCUCAGGAGAUAUCGCAGUACCUGUACAACUGGACCAAGCUCACCCCUCCUCUGGGACACAUCAGAGUGUCACGAUCACGCGGGGAGUUGCGAAUGGACUGGAAUGUGUCGGAUGGGGCCGGUGCUGAGGUACAACUGAGGCGCCGGAUGCCCACAACGAAUUGGACCUUGGGUGACUGCGGACCUCAGGUUAGCUCUGGCUUAGGUGUGAUUGAUGACAUUCACGGUAGCAGUUCUGAGUCCUGCCUCUGCCCUUCUGAGAACAUGGCCCAGGAAAUCCAGAUACGGAGACGGCGGCGCCUCUCCUCAGGAGCUCCUGGAGGUCCCUGGAGUAAUUGGAGCAUGUCUGUGUGUGUCCCGCCUGAAUUCCUCCCCCAGGCUGAGAUUAAGUUCCUGGUGGAGCCCCUGAACCAAGAUGGAAGGAGGCGUCUGACUAUGGAAGGGCAGUCACCACAGCUGGCAGUCCCCGAGGGCUGCCGGGACCGGCCUGGGGCGCAGGUGAAGAAGCACUUGGUGCUGGUGCGCAUGCUGGCCUGCAGGUGCCAGGCUCGGACCUGGAAGACCGUGCCCCUGGGCAAGACGCUGGACCUCUCCGGUGCCGCCUACGACUUGGAUGUACUCGCCCAGACUCGCUUCGGCCGCAGCAUCAUCCAGAAGUGGCCCCUUCCUGCCCAAGAGCUCACAGAGACAAGAACCCUGAAUGUCAGCGUGGAAGGCAACGUGACAUCCAUGCAGUGGGCAGCCCAGGCUCCAGGCACCACCUACUGCCUUGAGUGGCAGCCGUGGGGCCAGGACAGGAACCACACGGACUGUACUCUGAUUGCACCAGAAGAAGAGGACCCAGCCAAGAUGGUGACGCACACCUGGAGCUCCAAGCCUACCCUGGACCAGGAGGAAUGUUACCGCAUCACUGUCUUCGCCUCCAAGAACCCCAAGAAUCCCAUGAUGUGGGCCACGGUCCUGUCCAGUUACUACUUUGGGGGUAACGUCUCAAGGGUCGGAACUCCACGCCACGUGUCGGUGAGGAACCACACCGAGGACUCAGUGUCCGUGGAGUGGACAGCGUCACAGCUGAGCACCUGCCCAGGGGUCCUGACGCAAUACGUCGUGCGCUGCGAGGCUGAAGAUGGCACGUGGGAGUCAGAGUUGCUCGUGCCACCCACGAAGACCCAAGUGACACUAAACAGUCUGCGCAGCCGCGUGGUGUACAAGGUUCAGGUGCGAGCUGACACUGCGAUGCUCCCAGGCGCCUGGAGCCGCCCCCAGCGCUUCAGCGUUGAGGUGCAGAUUUCCCGUCUAUCCAUCGUUUUCGCGUCUCUGGGAAGCUUCGCCAGCGUCCUCCUCGUGGGCAGUCUCGGAUACAUUGGCUUAAACAGGGCUGCCUGGCACUUGUGCCCACCUCUGCCUACGCCCUGUGGCAGCACUGCUGUGGAGUUCCCUGGCAGCCAGGACAAGCAGGCUUGGCAAUGGCGCAACCCUGAGGACUUCCCCGAGGUGUUGUACCCACGAGACGCGCUGGUGGUGGAGAUGCCCAGGGACAAAGAUGAUGAGACAGAGUCGCCCCAGGCCACCCCUGAGCGCGCCCUGGACACAAGGUGGCCCUUGGGAACUGAGGGGCAAGUGCAAGGACUCUCAGAGGCCAGGCGCCUGGACCUAGCUAGAGAGGACUGUCCCCGUGGUGACCUGGCCCACGUGACACUCCCGCUGCUCCUGGGAGAUGUGACCCAGGGAGCCUCGGUACUUGGUGAUCUUUGGUGGAUCCAUAAGACCGUGGAGCCAGGACCGCCCACUUUGGGUCAAGAGGCCUGACUGCUGCGUUCCCAGCCUGUUCCCUCCUUACGAGCCCCUGACCUGCAACAGCUGGUCACAAUGACUGUCCUAUUUUAUAGAUGUGACUCUUGAGGCCCAGAGAAGAUGAAUGUCUGACCUGAGGUCACACAGCAUUAGCAGGACACAGACCCAGGUUUCCCUCCCACCAACUUCCUCCCUCCAGUGCCUAUAGCCACACAGUCUGUGAGGAGAGUACAGAAACCACCAAGAAGGGGAAAGUGCUUCAUGCAGCCCUGCUUGGUAUCCUCAGGGCAAGGCUGGACCCCAUCACUGGUCUGUUUGGGGUUGGGGGGCACCCUUCCAUUCUGAAGGGACAUGGUCAAAGGCUCAGUUGGCCUCCAGUGUCCUGGGCUGGAGUUCAACUCCAGGAGUACUAGACAGGAUGAAUCUUGAGUGUAAUAACUUAGGUGACCUAAACAG